AUGCUGUAUCACCAAGAUCCCGGGCGUAUCCUGGACAGCGGACGAGCCAAGCCAGCUUCACAUCCCCUCACUGUCACGCUUUCUGCGACAGCCACCGUUGGCGGGGGCCCUCCGAGUCCCGAGGCUCUUCUCCACCACUCACAACGGGAAUCUUGCUCCAGCACUCUACAGUACGCAGUGCGUACGAAGUACUCGAGAGUCGUAUGGACGAUGGUACGGUACGGUUGUAACAAGGUGGACGGAAUAUUGCCCAGGGGAAGAACCCGGGCCCCAAUAACAGGUCGACAGAGCCAUGGUGUGCAACCAAAAGCGCCUCUCCUUGGUUUGGGUUCUCAGGAGAGUUACAUUCCCCCUCGGUCACUGACCUCUGCUAUAGAGACUGAAUGUGCCGCCAGCUCAGAUCAGCAACGUCUGCAGCUCCAGCUUGUUGUCAAAGCGGGCUCCCCUGUUUCCUUUACUUUGGCGGACGCAAUUCUGCUUUCCGACCGACUUCUGCCCUCUGGCUUCUGCCCUGCCAGCCUGUUAGUUCUGAGCUAA